AUGGGUUUCAUCCAUUCAUUCGAGGCUCUUCUAAUUGCAGCACUCGCUAUCCCGACACAGGCGCGUCAUCUCCAAUACAAGCAUGAAGCCGUUCAAAUUGAGCGCAGACAAGUCGGUCAACCCGUCGAAGCAACACCACUCGCAGCCAGUAUCGCGACAACAUCAGCUCCAGAGAUCCUCACUUUCAUUACACCAUCACCGGGUGCAUCUCCAGUAGCUAUAACGGAAGAGAGCCAGAUUGUGACGUCUUUCGUCCCGCAAUAUACCCUUUGCGAACUUCCUCCCAAGGCCUUCUUUCCUGUCACCCCUCUCACUUCGGCGACAUCAGCUCCGUACCGGAACUACUCCAUUUCGAUCCCACCCGGCAGCGGUACCUGUACAACGAUCUACAGCCCAACACGCACGAUGGUCUGCGCCACCACCUUGACCGGACUUGUGCAGAAGUACACUGUCACGAACUGCGCUCAGGAUAUCACUUUUUCUACAGAAUACGGAUUCGUGCUUGCGCUCCCUACUGCCGCCAGUAAUGCCACAUCGAGCGCUAUAUCUGCUGCUCCUACUGAUGUGAAUGUGGGUACGGACGUAGCCUCCACUUCUACUGCAGAAUUGAUCUCUGCUUCUGCCACCUCAGACUCAGCAUCCGCUCUAAUCACUGCCGCACCGACUGUUCAGAGAAUUACGACAUAUUAUUUAGCACCCUGGCAAUCUGUCACCGCGGGUCUGUCGCCAGAAGAUGUGGAGUUGAAAGUGUGCGCUCUGUACGCGAACGGCACAGAGGAGUGUAUCAGGCAGUACGAAGUCUGGCGCACUUCCCUUCUGACGGAGACCGCCACUCAUACCACAAAUGUCAACAUAUCAACCACUAUUCAGGGAUUGAGCCAAGUCAUCAUCGGAACGUUUGCUGCGAACAUCACCGAAGCUCUGACGACCUUCCGCAUGACAACAGAUCUCGAAAUGCAGUACCUGACAGAGUACGAAACCACGAACAGAGAAUCUGCUACUCCUAGCAUUGCUGCGACGAAUUAUCUCACCAGGACGCUGCUAGAAGCCACCCCAAGCGCGACCUCGAGAUCCACUGUGAGGACGACGUCGACCUUGUACCGCACAGUCACUACCUAUGUGGGCACAUCCACCGCCUUGAUGCCGACUAUGGCUGCUGGAGUCUCCGAGGUUGCUGCGGCUAUUCCCAGUGUCGCUGCUGUCCCUGAGGUGGCCGUUUCGGCUCCUGGGAUCACCGAGAACGUCGAUUGGGUAGGCAAGUUGGGCAUUCCAACUGCUCGCAGAGGGUGA